UUGAAUUUUCAUUUAGGUCGUCUGCAGACUCUUCAGUGCUGCACUUCGUCGCUUGCAAUUCUCUUCGUUUCUCUCCGUAAAAUAAAAAAAUUGCGUCAGACAGAAAUGGACGGUCCAGAUCUCGUAAAAUUAUUUGUCGGCAUUGGGUUGAGUGAAAUUAAAGCCAAAGAAACGGCGAAGAACUCAAAUGUGUCAACAAAUCUUAAAACUUGCAUUGAUGCGGCUUUGUCAGCAGGUGAAAUCUCAAAAUCUCACGGUGUGCUGUUGUACAACAUUGCAACAAAAGUGAAACCACAGAUCAGUGCGCAACUCCCUCUUCUCUCACGUUAUGUGGUUGAAGGAAAGAUUGACUCUGAGCUCAGGCUGAAUGCUGCAAUGGACUACCUUCUUUCUAAUCCUCUGGGUGAUGUUGACAUCAAGGCCUUUGAAGAAUCAUGUGGAGUAGGAAUCGUGGUGACACCUGAACAAAUAGAACAGGAAGUGGAAAAGGUUAUCAAGAAAUAUCACACUGAAUUAGUGGAGAAAAGGUACCGAUUUAAUGUUGGUCCCUUAAUGAGUGAAGUUCGCAGCACCCUGAAAUGGGGUGAUGGUAAAGUGGUAAAAUCUGAGAUUGAACUUCAAGUUUUAAGUCUUUUGGGACCUAAGACUGAAGCUGAUCUUGCACCACCUCCAAAAGUUGAAAAAGUAGCCAAGCCCAAAGUUGCUAAACCAGUAUCAAGCAACAAAGAAAACACUGAACAGGAUUCAGACAGUGCCUCUACAAUCACUGAGCUGAUGAAAAAGGUUCAGUUUCAUAAGCCUGGUGAAAAUUUCAAAACUGAUGGCUAUGUCAUCCAUGACAAGACUAUGGAUUUACUGAAACAACAUUUAAAAGAAACUGGCGGCCAAGUGAGAACCAGAUUCCCACCUGAACCUAACGGUAUCCUCCAUAUUGGGCAUGCCAAAGCCAUCAACAUCAAUUUCGGUUACGCUGCUGCUAAUGAUGGAGUGUGCUUCCUACGUUACGAUGAUACCAAUCCUGAAAAGGAGGAGGAGAAAUUUUUCGUUGGCAUUAAAGAUAUGGUGGAGUGGCUAGGAUACAAGCCGUACCAAAUUACUCACUCGUCAGACAAUUUCCAUCAGCUUUACGAAUGGGCCAAAGUGCUCAUUAAAAAAGGACUCGCGUAUGUUUGUCACCAAAAAGCUGAGGAAAUGAAGGGAUUCAACCCAAUUCCUUCUCCUUUUAGAGAUCGCCCAAUUGAAGAGAGUCUUCAGUUAUUUGAGGAUAUGAAAAAUGGCAUGUUUGAGGAAGGUGCAGCUACUAUGAGAAUGAAAUUGACUCUGGAAGAGGGUAAACUCGAUCCGGUGGCAUACCGAAUCAAAUAUGUUGCCCAUCACCGUACUGGAGACCAAUGGUGUAUCUAUCCUACUUAUGAUUACACUCACUGCCUCUGUGAUUCUAUCGAAAACAUAACCCACUCAUUGUGCACAAAAGAAUUUCAGUCGAGACGUUCUUCUUAUUACUGGCUUUGUAAUGCUCUGGACAUUUACUGCCCAGUCCAGUGGGAGUAUGGUCGCUUGAAUGUGUACUACACUGUGGUAUCCAAGCGAAAAAUUGCGAAACUUAUCACCGAGAAGAUUGUUCACGAUUGGGACGAUCCUCGUUUAUUCACGUUGACUGCUCUCCGUCGACGUGGCUUUCCAGCGGAAGCUAUCAACAAUUUCUGUGCGGGAAUGGGAGUGACGGGAGCUCAAAUGGGAGUCGAUCCCCAGAAAUUGGAAGCCGUUGUGAAGGAUACGCUCGAUUUCACUGCUCCGCGUUCAAUGGUCGUUCUAGCGCCAUUGAAAGUCACCAUUCUCAAUUUUCCAUCCGAGGGACCGACUACAAUCGAUGUCCCUGAUUUCCCCAAGGAGGUUCAGCGUGGAUCCCACUCCGUAACUCUUGAUCGAGUGAUUUACAUCGAUCGAUCGGACUUUAGAGAGGUUGAAGAGAAAGGCUACCGUCGGCUUACCAAGAGCCAAGCCGUUGGUUUGCGAUACGCUGGACUCGUUAUUAGUUUGAAGAACGUUAAGAAAGAUGCCAGUGGUCAAGUCGUUGAGCUGGAGGUUACGUGUACCACGUCUGCCACCUGCACGGAAAAACCAAAAGCCUUUAUUCAUUGGGUAUCAAAUCCAAUGUUUGUCGAGGUCCGCCUCUAUGAACGAUUGUUUCAGCACAGUAACCCUGAAGAUAUCAACGAGGUACCUGGUGGGUUUUUGUCUGACAUUAACCCACAUUCUUUGUCGGUAGUCGAAGCAGCCGCCGACAAAUCGUUAAGUGGAGCUAAAGUUUACGACAAGUUCCAGUUUGAACGAGUAGGCUACUUCUCGGUUGAUCCUGAUUCAACGAAAGACAAGAUGGUCUUCAAUCGAACUGUUUCGCUGAAAGAAGAUGCUGGCAAAAGUUAACAUUGCGUCCAAUCAAGAUGAUGAUCAUGUCUGAAUCAGCGGCCUUCUUGAUCGAUUCCUGUCAUCUUCCCUGUUUUUCGUUGAUAUUUUAAUGAGAAAUACAUGGGGCUUGAAUAAAAAAAGAGGAGAUUCCUCAAUUCAAAUGCA